GUUUGGUUUGGUUUGGUUUGGUUUUGUUUUGAAUAAUAUAUGUUUGGGUGAUUACUUUUACGAAUUAUCUUCCAGUUGUUGAGGCAAAUUCAGUUGUGGACACAUGAAUUUGAUAGCGAUUCCGACAAUGGCAUGGUGGUGAAAGUACCUGUUUGCAACAACAAAUGUUCGGUUGGCUCACAUUGUGAUGAUCAUAACUGCUUAACUAAGAUCAUUGGUGACUUGAUACUUCUGCUACUAAUCGAGAGUCAAUAUGUUCAACAUUUGGCAGGCAACAUUCUUGUGGCCAUCUCUGAUUACAUUGUUGCAUCUGGAGGCAAUUGGGAUGAAUUUAUGCAAUCAUUGUGUGUUUGCUUGGAGUUGUUGAUUUCUAAUGCUCUUUUGCAUUCUUUGGUGCGGGCAUCUACAAAAGCCCUGGUUUUGAAGCAUGAUUCAUCAAGUGCCAUUAUUGCCUUGAAAUCAAAACUGAAAAAUGCAAAUUGGUCUUCAGUGGCUUGCAUUAUUCGAGUUUUACGCAAUAUAUUGAAAUGUUUAAAGCAAGACAUUGAGGAUCAACUUCUCAAAGUGUACUUGAAUUCAAUAAGUUAUUGUCUUGCAAGUGUGCCUUGGGAUUCAAUGGAUGAGGUCCAUGUUGGUCAGAAUGGCGAUGCUCUUAGAAAAUCCAGUGAGGGUGCUUUUCACACUAAAGCUGUGGAACUAGAGUCCAGCAUUGUGUUUCGUGGAACUCUUGUUCAGCUUUUCUGUUCCUUGCUUAAUCAAAGUGGUUGGAUGGAACCUGCUGGUGGAGCUUUAAAUAAGCAUCCGGUUAUUUGUGAAAUCAGUAACCUCAUUCCUAGACUUUUAACCUGGUGCCUUUGCAAUGGGGAUUCAAACAACAUGUGCAUGUCUGUGUACUUUAGACACAAGAUGUUGAUGCUAAUGGUCAGGCUUAGCUUCCAGAUCCAUUUGGAAUAUUCUCUUCUUGUUUCAUGGUUGCAACUUAUGCACGAGUACUUUGAAGAUCUUUUGAUGCAACCAAUGACUCAGCUGGAGUCUGAUCAGGAGGACAUUCUAGAAGGCUCCCCAGUUUUAGCGAGUGUUUCUGAUGCCAGAAUACAUAAUGUGACUUCCAGACAUUCACAAAGGCUUGCUGUUUUCCUUUUCCUGAGGUGUUCCUUUAGUUUGGUUGGCUUGAGAGAUAAAGCUGCUGACCAGUGUGGCUGUGCAAAUCUGAAGAGUUGCUUGAAAUCUGAUUCAAGUUCUGACCUUGAGCGUUACAGUAGAAAAAAAGAUUUAUCAGAGCUUUAUGGGUGGCUUCAAGGGCAUCUUCCAGCUGAAAUGUUCAUAGGCUGCAAAUUCUAUUCUGAAAGAUGCACCAGCUUUUCCUUAUCCUUCCUCAGGCUAUUUAUCCAUGAGGACGAUAUCCUAUUUGAAGUGCUUUUGCAACUGUUUCACGUGCCCUUUGGUGGCAAGCAACAGGUCUGCCAAGACAGAUGUGAUGAUAUGCUUUUUCAUGUUUCAAACCUUUUCAACCCCAUACACCUAUUCCAUCUUUUUCUUGCAGAGUUACACUAUGAUCAUCAAGUGCUUCUUGAUUACCUAAUUUCAAAAGAUACAGGUGCCAAAGCUGCUGAAUAUCUGUUGAGGUCUUUGCGUGUUGUAUGUUAUUCGUGGAACGUAUUUGUGGAAUUUUCAGCAGAAGGGAAAGUUACAAAUGUGAGAGACAUACAUAAAUCAUCUGGCAAGAAAAGAAAAGUUCUUGUUGAUGAUUCACUUAUUGAGGGACAUCUAACCUCUUCAUCAAUGAAAAGCAAGGGGAUUCCUCUGUCACUCGGAAAGCAAUGUCAGAAAGCCCUUAUGCGUGGCAGCAAGCAUUGUAGAACUACUAGGUUACCAUUUGAGAAUGCCAAGGAUUGUUUGCUUUCACUGAAAAAGUCUCUGCAGAAUCUCCAUAAGAAAAGUUUGUUUCCAUAUAAUCCACAGAUACUAAAAAUAAAACAAAAAAAGAGGAAGAAGAAAAAAAGAGUGCAUAUCCAGGUCAUGAAUCUAAUUUUUUCGAUUCUUUAUCAUCGUUACCUUUAUGUCUAUGUUUAUGUGUUUAUGAUAGAGUAACAUUUACUCCAGUCAGUCUUCUCAUUUCUACAAUUUUGAUGAUAUGCUAAUACUGAUUUGAAGUGGUUUAGGAAGUGGGUUGGUCUAUAGUAAAUUUGUUAGUGAACAUUGUUUCUGAUUCAAGGGUCUUCAUAUAUUAUUGUAGUAUGCAAUGUGCUGGUUUAAGUUUUUGGAAGUUUGGUAUCUUUUUCUACAAAGUAAAUUUUUUUUUUCAAUGUGCAUCCAUCCAUCCUUGAGUACUUAUGUAUUUAAAUUUAUUUCUAUAUGGUGUAUUUUUAAUGGUUCUUGGAUGUCUCCUAUAAUGAAAUCACUUGUUCUGGUGACGUCUACUUUCUGCAAACCAACUGAUUACUUUUACUCUUUAAUGCUGAGAUUAAUAAGCUGUGAACGUCAUGACCGCUGAGGGAGAAAAAAAAUCUGCUGUUAGGCUUUGAUGACUUGGUUGUUACCCAUUGCAGUUUAACAGAAUUUCAGGAGCUUUGUCUCAAGCAGUAGAGUAACGUCCAGAGAAUGCAGGAAUUAAUUCCUGGGGAUGUAUCAUUUUGCCAAUUAUCAGUUUCUUUCCUUAUCUCCCCUGGAUUCAUUUUCUGACUUCUGAACAGAAGGUUUUCCUCAUGGUGGCCCAGAAUUCAUUUGGGGGCUGUGGUUCCCCAGAAUUAAAAUGCAGGAGGAGAUGGAGAAGAAAGAGGGGCACUUUGUCCUUGUUCACGAGAUUGCAGUCAUUCCUGAGAUUGGGAGGUCACAAGGUUACAGAUUUGGACUUCACUUUCUUUGCUUAUUGCUCAAAGUGGCCGGACAAGUCCCCUCAUUCUUGGAUACUUUACGGUGUUGAUGGAGUUCAUGGGGUCUCUCCCAGUGAUGAUAAGAUGAUUCUGGUAGGCCUGAGCAUAGUAAUAUCACAUCUGUUGCUGUGGAGUGGUUCCCUCCCUCAGAGAAGUGCUGUUGUUUGUUACUGCUCUUAUGCUGGGUUCUAACCUAAAAACUAUCACUUUAAAGAAAGAGGUUUUUGUCUUCCCGCUCGAGCGGGGAUUGCACUCUCACAGCAUCUCUGCUACGCCUGCACAAAAUACUGGAUGUGGUGAUUUUACGCUCGAGCGUGGCAACUUUCACUCGAGCGUGGACCUUAUAUGAAUCACGGAAUAUACAGUCUCCGCUCGAGCGUGAAAUCCCACGCUCGAGCGGACCACGUGAUCUCAGAUUCUAUAUAUUUGCAUGUUGGGUCAAUUUUAAGAUUACUUCUCCUAGAUCUUGUUUAAGGAUUUUUGGGUUUUGUUUGAGGUUUUCUUCUGAAGAUUUUUGUGAGUUUGCCUUGAUAAAAUUGAAUGAGUAUUACACUCAUGAAUUGAGAAGCACAUAUCAAGGAGGUUGAUCGAAUACAUACAAAAGUGUUAAUCUUCGGUGGAUUCUGAAGAUUCAAACGUAGAGUUUCAAAGGCGUUUGAUUUUGUACAUAGUCGUUGAUUCGAUAAGUGAAGUUGUGGAUUCAACUUCAAGUUGAUCAUUUCCGAGACGAAGGCUUGGUGA